CUUUAACCGGAAGUUGAUAGUAUAACGUUUGCACUGGUUCCCGAUAUGUGAUUGCAUGUACUGGUUAAAAUACCCCAAAGAAACCAGAUAUAAUUUUGGAUAAUUCUUAAAAUCAUCUUUGUGUUUGCUUGAUAACAGUAUUUAUCAUGAUAAGAAAGAUCAAACAUAACACUGAUCAACUGACCGGCGAACGAAGAAAGAUACGACACGUCAGUAAUUCACACAGCACAAACAAGACAAAAUGAGGAUAAGCUGGGUUGUAAAUGGUCUGUUGAUGCUGUGUAUGGUUGUACAAGCUUGGGCUGGAGAGGAAGAGAAAAAGAAGAAAUUACAGAUUGGUGUGAAGAAAAGGGUAGACAACUGUACAGUCAAAUCUAGAAAGGGAGAUACACUACACAUGCAUUAUACUGGUAAAUUAGAAGAUGGUACAGAAUUUGACAGCAGUAUACCAAGGAAAGAACCAUUUGUAUUUACAUUAGGAGCUGGACAAGUUAUUAAAGGAUGGGAUCAAGGUUUACUUGGAAUGUGUGUUGGUGAAAAAAGGAAAUUAGUCAUUCCUUCAGAUAUGGGAUAUGGUGAUAGAGGAGCUCCACCAAAAAUUCCAGGUGGUGCAACACUUAUAUUUGAGGUAGAAUUGUUGGAUAUAAAGAGACAAGAUGAGCUGUAGUGAUAUUUCUAGUCAAAUGUUGUUUCUUUUUUUCUUUCAUUAUGUGCAGGAAAAUUGAUGUAUAGUGCUGAACAAUUUAUUAUAAUUUCUCUUGGUUUUCUUGAUGUUUAAGCUUUAUAAUGCAGUAUAGAUAUCUUAAAAAACACAAUAAAUGUAUCCCGACUUGUUAAAGGAAUAAUCAAGGCAAUUUCAGCUUAAAAAAUUAUUGUUGAAAAAGUUUUGUUUCAUUGUUAUUGGCUUUUAUGUUCAGUGGAAUGGUUUCAUUGGUCUUUAUACCAAAUAUUUAUGUAUUUUCUAUUAAUGCUUUAUUUGUAAAUCUUUUGAUAAAAAUUUGUAUACAAUUGUAAUUUUUUUAAGGUCAUAUUUUUAGUAUGGAAAUGAAAAGUCAAAAGAGAGUUCAUUAAAAAAAAAAAAAGAAUCGGUGUGGAAUGGCCUAUUUAGUGUGGAUGCAGAAAUCCAUAUGAGGAAUAAUCUGUUUUAUUCCAAGUGUAUGCUUGUGUUUAUACAUCAUGUCAUUAAACUUACAAAUUUGCCUUCAUUUAUAAAUAAAUUUUAUACAAUUAAAGAGAGACAUAAAUCAGA